AUGAAUCCAGCCAACCAUUCCCAGGUGACAGGUUUUGUACUUCUGGGACUUUCUCAGAUAUGGGAGCUCCGGUUCCUCUUUUUCAUUGUGUUCUCUGCUGUGUAUCUUAUGACUGUUACUGGAAAUAUCCUCAUUGUGGCUGUUGUAGUAUCCAACCCAUGCCUGCACACCACCAUGUACUUUCUCUUAAGCAAUCUCUCUUUCCUAGAUUUCUGCUAUUCUUCUAUCACAGCACCUAGGAUGUUGGUUGACCUGCUCUCAGGCAACCCCACCAUUUCCUUUGGUGGCUGCCUGACCCAGCUCUUCUUUUUCCACUUCAUUGGUGGCAUCAAGAUCUUCCUAUUGACUGUCAUGGCAUAUGACCGCUAUGUUGCCAUUUCCCAGCCCCUACGCUACACACUCAUUAUGAAUCAGACUAUCUGUGGGAUCCUCGUGGGGGCAUCUUGGGUGGGUGGUUUUAUCCAUUCAAUUGUACAGGUUGGUUUGACUAUCCAGCUGCCAUUCUGUGGGCCUGAUAAACUGGACAACUUUUAUUGUGAUGUUCCACAGCUCAUCAAAUUGGCCUGCACAGAUACCUUUGUCUUAGAGCUUCUGAUGGUGUCUAACAAUGGACUGGUGACUCUCAUGUGCUUUCUGGUGCUGCUGGGGUCUUACACAGCAUUGCUAGUCAUGCUCCGAAGUCACUCAAGGGAGGGCCGCAGCAAGGCCCUGUCUACCUGUGCCUCCCACAUUGCUGUGGUGACCUUAAUCUUUCUGCCUUGUAUCUAUAUCUAUGCAAGGCCAUUUCGGACUUUCCCAAUGGAUAAGGCAGUCUCUGUGCUGUAUACAAUGGUUACCCCCAUGCUGAAUCCUGCCAUUUAUACCCUGAGAAACAAGGAUGUGAUCAUAGCUAUGAAGAAGCUGUGGCGGAGGCAAAGCUGUCUCCUUUGUUUCCAGAGCACAGACGCCACAGAUUGGACGAGGCAGAAGCCCUGA